GAAAUUCAAUCCUGAACACUGGGAUCUGGACUCUAGGGUGAAGAACAGUCCAGCCCUUCAUUGCCUCAUCUCUGAAGGCCUCCAGGCAUGGUUUCUGAGACCUCCUCACUCUUGAAGCUUUCUGGCUGGGCCUGCCCUUCUCAACUUUAGGAAGCAUGGCUGAUACUCCAAAGGAGGGAAAAUUGACCAGAUUUCUGGACUUUACCCAGCUGAUUGACUUGGCCUCUGAGUGCGUGGGAGGAAAGGUCUUGUUUGCGACGGAUGACUUUUUUGGUCCUGCAGAAAAUCUCAUAAAGAGCGACGGUCCGAGUUUUAAGGAACAUGAAUACACUGAGUUUGGGAAAUGGGUGGAUGGAUGGGAGACCAGGCGUAAACGAAUUCCAGGUCAUGACUGGUGUGUUAUCCAACUGGGAAUACAAGGCAUUAUUCGUGGUAUCGACGUGGACAUUUCUUACUUCUCAGGGAACUAUGCUCCUCGAAUGUCAAUUCAAGCAGCAAACUUGAGUGAAGAUACAAUGUCAAACAUUCCACCAAGGGGAGUUAAGAUGGGGGCUGCAGCAACGCCUGAGGAAUUUGAAGCCAUUACUGUGCUGAAAUCGCAUUCCUGGGACUACCUGGUUCCCAUGUCGGAGCUUAAGCCAGGGGAGCCUGACUCCAGCCACAACUAUUUUUUUGUUAAUUCCCAGCAGAGAUGGACUCACAUCAGACUCAACAUCUUUCCAGAUGGUGGUGUUGCACGCCUUCGAGUGUACGGUACUGGACAGAGGGACUGGGCUGCACUGGAUUCCACAGAACCUGUAGACCUGGUGGCCAUUGCUUUUGGGGGUAUCUGUGUAGGAUUUAGUAAUGCACACUUUGGACAUCCAAAUAAUAUGAUAGGUGUCGGCGAACCCAAGUCCAUAGCAGAUGGUUGGGAAACUGCGAGAAGACUGGACAGACCCCCAGUGUUAGACGGUAGUGAGAAUGGCUUUCUCCAGGUCCCGGGUUGUGAGUGGGCAGUGUUCCGAUUGGCACAUCCUGGAGUCAUCACUCAAAUUGAAAUUGAUACGAAGUACUUUAAAGGCAAUUGUCCCGACAGCUGCAAAGUGGAUGGGUGUAUCCUGACUACACUGGAAGAGGAAGACAUGAUCAGGCAGAAGUGGAAUCUUCCUGCCAAUAAGUGGAAGCCAUUGCUUCCAGUUACCAAGCUAACUCCCGACCAAAAUCACUUGUUGGACAGCCUGACCCUGGAGCUUCAGGAUGUCAUCACUCAUGCCAGGAUUACCAUUGCGCCUGAUGGCGGUGUGAGCCGCCUUCGGCUCAAGGGCUUCCCUAGUUCCAUCUGUUUGCUGCGGCCCCUCCGGGAGAAGCCCAUGCUGAGGUUCUCUCUUAAAGCGGGCUUCAGGGCAAAUCUCUAAAGAGCUCAUUCAUUGUAGUACACACCCACUGCCUUCAGUGUUUUGAACACCUGGUGGUUCCAAUAAAAUGAUCACCCCA